CCAACGUGAGGAAGUUUUCUGUGGCAGGAGACAGCACCCCCAUGCGAUAUAAAGCUUCUCUUUAAUUCCGCGUAGGGUUGACAGUGCAUCCUCUUCCUCCUCUUCCUCCGUUCAAUUGCAGCUCAACCUCCGGCUGAAAAUGUGCGACACUGCAACAAACGUCUAUCGGACGAUGCGCGCCGUCUGGCCACCUGCUCCCAAAUUCUCCGUCGACCAGAUCCCGGACCUCACGGGCAGGAUCACCAUCGUCACCGGCGCGAACACUGGUGUGGGCAAGGAGACCGUGAAGGCGCUCCUCCAACACAACGCUAAGGUAUACCUCGCGGCGCGGAGCCGAUCCAAGGCCGAAGUUGCAAUCAAGGACUUGAAGGACGCAACGGGUAGAGACGCGAUCUUCCUAGAGCUGGACCUCUCGAGCCUUGUAUCAGUUCGCAAGGCCGCGGAGGAGUUCCUGAGCAAGGAGCGCGAGCUGCAUAUCCUCUUCAACAACGCCGGCGUCAUGAUACCGCCAAUGGACCAGCUUACGGCCGAAGGAUAUGACUUGCAGUUCGGUACGAACGUCCUCGGGCACUGGUACUUCACGGAGCUGCUGCUACCCGCGCUACAAGCAGGCGCCCGGAGCUCACCCGACGGCUAUGCGCGCGUCGCGACGACGAGCAGCAGCGGGGCACAUAUCGCGAAGCCUGUUGACUGGAACACCUUCCGCGAACAUCCAAGCCGACACAAGCUCGGCGCGAACUCGCUGUACGCUCAAAGCAAAAUGCUCAACGCGGUCGUCGCACACGAGUCAUCCAAACGCUACAAGGACAUGAACAUCCUCUGCUACGCCUGUGACCCUGGCUCGCUCAAGACCGACCUGCAGCGCCAUGCGACUCCCUUCCAGAAAUUCCUAGUUAACCCAUUGCUACACGAUGCAUCGUAUGGUGCGCUAACGCAACUGUGGGCUGGGACGAUGGAGGAGACAAUUCAGUACAAUGGCGAGUUCCUCGUCCCAUAUGCUCGCUUAGGCAAGACACAGGCUGAGAUGUACGACCCCGAGAUUGGCAAGCGCCUGUGGGCGUACAUGGAGGAGCAAGUUAAAACCAAGUAGCCUCCAGUAUUGUUUGCACACAUGAUAAUUUUAUACCCC